GAAAUAGGAUCUGCUCGUAGACAAAGAUAAGUAAAAAAAGCUGAAUUUUAUAUCAGCAUGUUAUAUUGCUAAUAAUUGAUCAUGAGCAUGAUAAAUACUUGUUUUGAGAGUUUCAGAGAAUAUAGGCUAUAUAGCUAUUCAACAGCACCAUAAAAUCACAUCUAAUGAUUUAGAACGAAUUCUUGAGUUUUUAUCACUAUAGCCUACCAGGCUUAUUUCUUGGGACAUUUAUGAAAUCAUUUACUGCAGAGAUGGAGCGAAGGGUUCAUCUAUGAUAUUUUUUUGGGGGAAAACGAGAUCAGAUAAAGGCAUUUUAGACAGGAUGCUAAAGAGACAGGAUGUUACGCAAUUAUUGGAUUAUUUCGGACGUGCUUUGAUGUCUGCAGCCACAGCCUAUGCCGAGUCUUUUUCUUUUCAUUUAUGUAUUGCCAAGUUGAAGCUAUUCUCCAUUUUGAGACAGCAACCCAAUUUCCACUUGCAGGUUCUUUUAUAAUUUUCCUUUAGUCCACGGUCCUUAGACGAUGCUAGCUAAUAUCAUGUGCUAUUUUGAAUCGGUCAUUUUUCGUGAAUAUGAAUAUAGCUUUUCGUGAAUCUUUUGGAGCAGAACCAAACAUUUGAUUUUCCGGUUGAGAAGGAAUUAGUUAAAACGACUGAAUAUUGAAGGGCUCUCUGAACGCUUUCAGUCCAGCGCACUGCUGCAUGAAUGACAGGAUGUCGAGAGCGCAUGCGCAGGAGGAUUUGUUGGAAAAAAGGUGAUCUAUGAUAACGGUAAUGCGCAAGAGGCGAGUUUGUUUUUGUAAUGCAAUAAAACAAGUUUAAUGAAAAUAUAAUAAGUAAAUUAUAAUUCAAAUAAAUUAUUAAAGCAUUGGUAUUCUAUAAAUAUAAACGUAGCCUUGCUACUGUUUGGUAUUAAACGUGUUGCUACUCCUCUGCCAAGUGUAUGUAAUAACGUUACUUGACUUGGUCUAAAAACCUGGGCCGAAUUUGGUUUUAUUUUCCUUUUACUACACAGUUUACAAGAUGUUGAGUAGUUAGCCUGCUGUUGGACAGGGAGCCUACGCUUCUUUUUUGUUCUUUGUUGUGUUCAGCUACAUAAAAUAAUCCAGAACAUUUGAACGUGUGAAUAAGCCAUUGAUAAGAUAAUAAGAAAUUAUAAAAUGAUAAUAUUAUUUUAUCUACACCGUGUUAAUUAUAAAUGUAAUGUGACGCAGUGCAUGGGCAGGUUAAUGGAUAGUAAACUUAGCUAACUGUCAUGUCAACAAAACUGACUCGUCAGAAAUAAGUGUUCAUAGUUCAGGAGGCUUUAAAGCAGCAUUGACCUGUACUGAGGUCAGGUGCACCAUCACCUACUGAGAAGUUAUGAUGGUUAAUAUAUAAACAAACAGGACAGACCUCACAUUUUGAUUGAUAAAAAGAUGAAAGUAUUCAAUAAGUUGUCAAGAAUGCAAAUAAUGGUCGGUGUUUCUUUUAUUAAAAUAAUUGCUAAAGUUAUUUGCCCUAGUGCCCUUUCUGUUGCUGAGAGAAAUAAAAGCUUUAGAGUCUGCCAAUUCAUUGUUAAAAUUUGUAUUCAUAGAAACUGUAACUCGUUUUGACCUUAAUUGUGGUGACUGACACUCAUCAACAGUAACAUAACAACUACGUAAAAAAACAGUAGGUGAAAGAAACUUCUUGUUUCUUUGCCUUCUCACCCAGAGUUAGUUUCCUCAGGGCUGUUAUAAAGUGACUUUGGUUUAUUUCACAGGCUGAAAAAAAGACUGAAUUUGCAGCAUCUGACAGGUGGUGAGAGAGACAGAGGAGUGGCAAGACCUCUGCUUAUGUUAACCUUUGAGCCUGGUAAAACAGUGAUGUAACUCAGCUACAGCGUCAGGACAUUAAAGCUUGUUAGAGUAUUAAAGCAUUCGUGAUUAGCCUGACAAAUACAUUGACCAGUACAUAGACAAAGACAGCAGAUAAAGGAAACGGAAAAAAUGAGGAACUCCACAGAGAAACAGAAUGUGGAAGGAGUUUCUUUUAAACAGAGAAGAGAUAGUGCUUCAGUUAUGAGUGCUUUUCCUGAAGGUCCUCCGGUUCUAGAUUACAGGGAACCAGAACCUCCUCCUAAGAAGCACAAGUACCAGCAAAGCUUGAAAACCCUCAUCCCAUUCCGUUUUGGCUCAAACUCACAUCCAGUUGAUGAUGCUGGUUUCUUCUCCUUCACAUCAUUUGCAUGGAUGACACCCAUGAUGUGGAAGCUCUUUAGGAAUCGGUUAGAUGAGGAUUCACUUUAUCUCUCACCUCAUGAUGGAGCCCACGCCAAUGGAGAGAGGCUCCAAAGACUGUGGGAUGAGGAAGUCGCCCGUGUGGGUCUAGAGAAGGCAUCUCUUCCUGCAGUGGUCAUGCGUUUCCAGAAGACAAGAUUUAUAGUGUCAUUCUUCAUCUCUGUCCUGUUUGCUUUCGGAGCAUUUGUUGGUCCGUCUAUUUUAGUAAAUGAAAUCCUGAGCUACAUUGAGCAGCCUGAGUCAUCUACACUGUUGCAUGGCGUUGGUUUGUGUGUGGCCCUGUUCGUGGGUGAAUUUGGCAAGGCGUAUUUUGCAUCAUGCCUGUGGGCUUUGAACUUGCGAACCGCUGUGAGAGCAAAGGGAGCUUUCUCAAUGCUCGCUUUCAAGAAAAUCAUCUCUCUCAGGAGUCUAACCAGCAUUAGUAUAGGAGAGACGAUAAAUGUGUUGACGAGUGAUGGCUAUCGAAUGUUUGAGGCUGUCUUGUUUGGAACAUUUCUGCUGUGUGUUCCGUUCCUGCUGAUCAUUUGUAUCAUAUAUGCCUGCGUCAUUCUGGGAUACACAGCAAUUAUUGGAAUUCUGGUCUACUUGAUCUUCCUACCAAUACAGUUCUCAAUUGCCAGGCUGAUUGGCAUGUUUAGACGGCGGACUGUAUCUGUGACAGACAAACGUGUUCGCACUAUGAACGAAGUCCUGACCUGCAUCAAACUCAUUAAGAUGUAUGCAUGGGAGGAGUCUUUUGAAAAAACAGUCACAGAUAUCAGGAAAAAGGAGAAGUUGCUAUUACAAAAGGCUGGUUAUGUUCAGAGUUUAAACUCUUCCUUUACAACGAUAGUUCCCACACUAGCAACCAUCCUCACCUUCAUUGUCCACACUGCACUGAACCUGCCUCUUCUUCCUUCUACCGCCUACACUAUCAUUGCUGUAUUUAACUGCAUGAGGAUGUCUAUGGGUGUGCUGCCAUUUUCUGUUAAAGCGGUGGCUGAGGGUAAAGUGGCUCUCGCUAGACUCAAGAAGCUCAUGUUGGUACAGAACCCCAAAGGUUAUCUCACACAGGAUAAGAAUAUGGACUUAGCGUUGGCCAUGGAAAAGGCCUCAUUCUCAUGGAGCCUGCCAGAUGCCACGAACUCGACCGAGAAGCUUCAAGAUCCCUCUGAAAAUGCAGACUUCAAACCUUCACUCAGAAAUGUCAGCUUCACUCUUUCAAAGGGAAGUCUGCUUGGGGUGUGUGGCAAUGUUGGAAGUGGAAAAACAUCUCUGAUUUCAAGUAUUCUUGAGCAGAUGCAUCUUCUGAGUGGGUCUGUGUCAGCUAAUGGAACAUUAGCAUAUGUUUCCCAGCAAGCAUGGAUAUUCCACGGGACUGUAAGGGACAAUAUCCUCAUGGGAGAACCAUUUGAACAAACCAGAUAUGCCAGAGUUAUUCAUGCCUGCUCUCUGAAACCUGAUCUAGCAAUACUUCCAUAUGGAGACCAGACAGAGAUUGGAGAGCGAGGUAUUAAUCUUUCAGGUGGUCAGAAGCAGAGGGUCAGUUUGGCCAGGGCAGUGUAUUCUAAUAAAGACAUCUUCCUUUUGGAUGAUCCUCUGUCUGCUGUUGAUGCACAUGUUGGGAAGCACAUAUUUGAAGAAUGCAUCAAGAAAGAGCUGAAGGGCAAAUCAGUCAUUCUGGUCACUCAUCAACUGCAGUAUUUGGAGUUUUGUAAUCAGGUGUUGCUGUUGGAUAAUGGGGAGAUAAAGGAGGCAGGGACUCACAGUGAUUUGAUGAAAUCUAAAGGCCGCUACGCUCACCUCAUUAACAACUUCCAGAUGGAACAGAGCAAUGAAAAUUCAGAGUCUGAUUCCAAAACACAUGCUGAACACAAUGACUCUAAAGAGACCAAUCCAGAUGAGCCCAAAGUCAACGGAAUCGAAAAUCCAGCUUUUGAUAUGUCUGAUGAGAAACAUGUAACAAAUGAAUUACCCAAAGACUCCACAGAAACAAAAGGGAAAAAGGAUCAGUUAGUAACACGAGAAGUGUCGCUUGAAGGUUCAGUUACGUGGAGGACUUAUCACGAAUACUGCAAAGCUGCCGGAGGGUAUUUACUGCUGUUCAUUGUUAUUCUUUUCUUCAUUCUUCUCGUGGGAUCGUCUGUUUUCAGCAGUUGGUGGCUGAGUUACUGGUUACAACAGGGAUCAGGGAACAGCAGUAGUAAUUCAUCAAGCAGUGUGUUCCCAUACCUCCUGAUCGCCGUGGCAAUUCUCGCAGUCAUCUUUGCCACAAUCCUAUAUGUUUUCCAAAGGAGCAUUCGCCAGAUGAAGAGGAUGGAGAAUGUGAGUCGAUCUCCCUGGAUCUCUCUCACCACCUCGACCAUACAGGGACUCAGCACCAUCCAUGCUUAUGACAAAAGAAAGCAGUACAUUGAACAGUUUAAGAUGCUGAGUGACAUCAACUCAAACCACUUCAUGCUGUAUAAUUGUGGGAAUCGCUGGCUGUCAUUUUGGUUAGACUUCCUGUCUGCUACUGUUACUCUGAUAGUGGCACUUUUUGUAGUGCUCAGCUCCAAUGAGGCCAUAAACACUUCUCAAAAGGGCCUGGCCUUAUCUUAUACAAUACAGUUGACAGGAAUCCUUCAGUUUGUGGUGAGAUUGUCCACGGAGGUGGAGGCGAAGUUUACCAGUGUAGAGAGGCUGCUGGAGUAUAUUACGAGUUGUGUAUCAGAGGCUCCACGAAGUGUCAAGGAAGCGAAUAUUCCCGCCGGCUGGCCACAGGAGGGCGCCAUUACCUUUAAAAACUACAGUAUGAGAUACAGGGACAACACGCCCAUAGUCCUCAAUAAUCUCCACAUAAAUAUUAAACCAGGGGAAAAAGUCGGCAUUGUGGGACGCACUGGCUCUGGGAAGUCCUCUCUGGGUGUGGCAUUGUUCCGUUUGGCAGAGCCGGCUGAGGGCACUAUAUUUAUAGAUGAUGUGGACAUCUGCAAGCUGGGGUUGAGUGAUCUUCGCAGCCAACUCUCCGUCAUACCACAGGAUCCUGUACUCUUCAUCGGCACAGUCAGGUAUAACCUGGACCCUUUUAACAACUACAAAGAUGAGGAGCUCUGGCUUGCUUUAGAAAAGACCUUCAUGAAGGACACGAUUGCUAAGCUGCCAGAGAAGUUGCACUCUCCAGUAGUGGAGAAUGGAGAGAAUUUCUCGGUCGGAGAGCGGCAGCUCAUGUGUAUGGCUAGAGCGCUCCUUCGCAAUUCAAAAAUCAUUCUACUGGACGAGGCGACAGCGUCUAUAGACUCUGAGACUGACAGCAUGAUCCAGCACACCAUCAGAGAUGGCUUCCAGCACUGCACUAUGCUCACAAUCGCCCACAGAAUCAACACGGUAUUGGAGAGCGACCGCAUACUCGUCAUGGACCAGGGCAAGGUGGUUGAGUUUGAUCCACCACAGGACCUGAUACAGAGGCCGAACUCUUUAUUUGCAUCACUUCUAGCAGCAGCUAAUCAAGUGAACUCAUGAAGCACUCACAUAUAGACCUUCACACUGUUGCAAGAGUCUGCGGCAGAGCAUACAAACUGGGGGGCAAUUGUUUUUCUAAAAGGGGGUCACAGGGCCACAGAACUUAACAUUUAUAAUUAAAAACACAUUGCACUUUUUUGAGCUUCACAUUAUUAGUGUAAUUUCCUUGUAAAACUUCAAUGGGCUCUGCACAUUUUUGUUCAUGUGCUUUAUAUGUCUACUGUGAUCUUUAUAUUUUGUAUCUUACCGAGACUGGAUUUCAAAAUCUAUUUACUUAUAGCCACAACACUUAUAGACUAAGUUUAAAUGUUCCAUCAUUUUUCAUAGGUUCAUCAAAUGUACAUAUUUAAAAUAUUUAUUUGAUUUUUAUAUCUAUGAAACAGACAUAAAAUGCACAAAUAAAGCUGUG